AUGUUGAUAUUACAAAAUUUCAUUAAUGGUGAAUUUCACACUACCAGAGAAACAACCUACAUAGAAGGUUAUAAUCCUUCUACUGGAAAGGCUCAUGCGAAAAUACCAAAUUCCACUCAAAAAGAUGUUGAUUUAGCAGUAGAAGCAGCUAAAAAUGCGUUCCCUAAAUGGUCAAAAACACCUAGAGUCAAACGUGCACAAAUGUUGUAUAAAAUAGCUGAUGCUCUUGAAUUGAGACUUAAAGAAUUUGCUUCAGCUGAAGUUCAAGAUCAAGGAAAAACUAUUACUUUUGCUACUAAUGUUGAUAUCACUAGAUCCGUAUAUAAUUUUAGAUUUUUUGCUGGUUAUAUUUUACAUGAGGAAGAAAAAGCUAAUGUUAUGGAAGGAAAAUGUUUCAAUUAUGUUCAAAAAGAACCCGCUGGUGUCGCUGCUGAAUUAGCAAGUGUUACUGCAAAUAUGUUUUGUUCUGUUUUAAAAGAAGCAAAAUUACCUGAUGGAGUUAUUAAUAUUAUUUUUGGUUAUGGAGCUACCACUGGUCAUCAGCUUAUUUCUCAUCCUGAUGUUCCACUUGUUUCUUUUACAGGAGGGACUGAAACUGGAAAAAAAGUUAAUAUCGCUGCAGCCCCUUUUUUCAAAAAAGUUUCAUUGGAAUUAGGUGGUAAAAAUGCCAAUAUUCUUUUUGAGGAUUGUGAUUUCGAAAAAGCUGUGGAAACAAGCAUCCUUUCUUCUUUUAGUAAUCAGGGAGAGAUCUGUUUAUGUGGAUCUCGUAUAUUUGUUCAUUCAUCAAUUUAUGACAACUUUCUUGAAUCAUUUGUUCAUAAAGCGGAAAAUUUGAUUGUGGGUAAUCCUAAUGAUCCUAAUACUCAAAUAGGUGCUUUAAAUAGUAAACAACAUAUGGAAAAAGUAUUGGGUUAUAUUGAAUUGGCUAAAUCAGAAGGUGGUGUAAUUAAAUGUGGAGGAAAAAGAAAAGAAAUGACUGGAGAUUAUAGUGAGGGAUAUUUUGUUGAACCUACUGUUAUUACAAAUAGAGUAGCUCAUGAAGAAAUCUUUGGACCUGUUGUUACUGUUCAUCCGUUCGAAUCCGAAGAUGAAGUUAUUAAAUAUGCUAAUGAUAGUCAACAUGGCUUAUCUUGUUCUAUUUGGACUCAAAAUGGAAGUCGUCAACGUCGGGUAGCUGAAAGUAUUCAUGUUGGUACAUGUUGGGUUAAUUGUUGGCUUAUAAGAGAUUUAGCAAUGCCUUUUGGUGGAAUGAAGAAAAGUGGUCUUGGAAGAGAAGGAGGAGAAUACUCAAUUUCAUUUUUUACUAAUCCUAAAACUAUUUGUUUGGCUGAUUAA